AUGAGAAUAUUAACGCAUAAUUAUCUACAAUCGAACGUCAAAGGGACCGAAAAAGGCUAUCCGUUGCUUAUUGAGCCGAAUCGGGUAGUAGUGGAAGAAUCACCGGUGAAUUUGUCCAUGCUCCAAACGCUCUUGCCCAAGCUGGACUAUUCCGCCAUCGUCCAAGCCGCGCGCCAACUGGCAACGUACGAGGACGCCAACGAGGCCUUCACCGUGCCCGAUUUACCGGACCUGUUACCGGAAACUCUUGACGACCUGUUUUUGACCGCACUGUACAAAUUCCUGUUCGACCUGCACGUGAUCGAGGGGCACUUGGUGUGCCCCGAUACGGGCAGGAAAUUUCCCAUCAAGGAAGGAGUUCCCAAUAUGAUUCUACACGAAGAUGAGCUGUAA